AUGCCAAGUGUCAAACCCAAGAAAAAGAAAACCAAGAAGGAGAUUAGUGAAGUUGAGGAACCUCAAGCAGGACCCGAGCCAGCUAUAGAAAUGGAGGGUCUGGAGAGCCACAGAGAGCCGCUGACCCCUGAGCCUCCGGACAAUCCACCACAGAAGAAGAAGAAGAAAAAGAAGGCACAUACUUUGGAUGAGAGUGAACAACAAGACCUUUCAAAUGGAGAUGUUCAAGAGCCCCAUACAGAUGAUGAGGAAGUCACCAAAAAAAGCAAGAGAAAACGGAAGGCUAAGAUGAUAGAAAACCAGUCUCAUAAUGAGCUCGGUGUGGAGGAGGAGGACAUCAUCACCGAUGUGCACGCACCCAUAUCUCAGCGCUCUCUGUUCUCAGCCCCUCUGGGUCACAGUCAUCCGAUCGGAAAAGUGUUUGUAGAAAAGAACCGGUUUCAUGAGUUUGUCCAGAUCAUUGGACUGUUCUCUCAUGGAUUUCUGGCAGGAUAUGCGGUGUGGAACAUCAUUGUAGUGUAUGUGUUAGCUGGAGAGCAGAUGACCACUCUACCUAACCUUCUCCAGCAGUACCACAGUCUGGCUUACCCAGCACAGUCUCUGCUCUACCUGCUGCUGGCCAUCAGCACCGUGUCUGCCUUUGACAGGGUGAAUCUGGCCAAAGCCUCCAUGGCUCUUCGAGGAUUUCUCACUCUUGAUCCAGCGGCUCUUGCUUCCUUCUUAUACUUUGCUGCUCUCAUCCUGUCGCUGAGCCAGCAGAUGACCAGUGAUCGUAUACAUCUCUACCCCACAGCCAAUGAAACACUUUGGCCCCCGGGUUCAGAACAUCAGAUUCUACAGCCCUGGAUCGUGGUAAACCUGGUCGUAGCUCUUCUGGUAGGUCUGGCCUGGGUGUUUGUUGCUACACGACCGGACAUGGACUACACUGAAGAGUUUUUAAUGGCGAUGGAGGUGGAGGAGUAUCCACGUCAUGAUGAGAAAAAUGAGCUGGCAGCCUGA